AAACCUCAAAUAUAUAGAAUUUAUACAGGCAUUCAUGUUGGGACUUAAAAAUAUUUUAGCGAGAUUUGAGUAUGUAAGAUCAUUUUCAUAUGUUUUUGUCAUAAAUUUGUUUGAGUAUCCCUUUAAAAUAAGAUGCAUAGCAUUGAUAUUUGUGUUUAACAGUUUAGGUCGUACUACCCAGAUAUUCCAUUUGAUAAUUUGAGGAUACACGAUACUGCCGGACUUACGGAGGGAAAAGGAUUCACCAUAGAAAUGAUGACAAGUCUUCUUAGUGGAAGAGUAAAAGAAGGAUUUGACCUCUGCAGCGACGAUACAUUUGAUGACAAAAACCCCUUUUACAGGAACAAACCGACUGAGGCUGACAUGGUACAUUGUGUCAUUUAUAUAGUGGAUAUUUGUUCAGUAGGAACGCUGGAUCAAUCGUUCAUAGACAUGAUUCGGAAUUUGCAAAAGAAACAAAUAAAACCUGAUAUACAGAGGAUUUUAAUUCUUACAAAAUGCGAUCAGUUGUGUGAUCAUGUCAAGAGAGAUGUCAGACAAAUAUUCCACAGUAAAAGGGUGUUUGACGAAAUUAACAGAGCAAAAGAAAAACUUUGUUUUCAUGGAGGAAUUAUACAUCCAAUCGUAAACUAUGGGGAACACAUAACGAAAAUUAAACCAGACAUGAAUGUCCCCAUUCUUUUAGCGCUUAAGCAAUGUAUGAACUUCUCGAACGAGUUCAUGAAGAAAUGUGUUGCAGAUAGUGCCGAUUAACAAUAAAUAUAAGUAUGAAGAGCA